AUGGCGUCGGCACUCCGCCUGCUGCCGUCGACGGCGACGCGCCUCCGCUUUCGUCCCCGCCUCCCUCUCUCCACCGCUGCGUCACUCUUCUCACCGCCCUCCAAGGCCGUCCUCUACGACCAACACGGCCCGCCUGACCAAGUCCUCAGGGUGGAGGAUGUGCCGCCGGUGGAGCUCGGGGAGCGCGGCGUCUGCGUGAAGAUGCUAGCCGCACCCAUCAACCCCUCCGACAUCAACCGCGUCCAGGGCGUCUACCCCGUCAGGCCUCCCCUCCCCGCCGCCGUCGCUGGGUACGAGGGCGUCGGCCAGGUCCACGCCGUUGGCCCCGCCGUCACCCGCCCCCUCUCCCCCGGCGACUGGGUCAUCCCGUCCCCGCCCUCCUUCGGAACAUGGCAGACCUACAUUGUGAAGCCGGAAGAUGUGUGGCACAAGGUUCGUGACGAUGUUCCGGUGGAAUACGCUGCCACUGUCACGGUGAACCCCUUGACAGCGCUCAGGAUGCUGCAGGACUUUGUGAAACUCAAACCUGGUGAGCCUUGUGCAUGA